AUGCCUCUAAUCCAAAUUUCAUCACAUUCAAAAUUCAGUUUAAAUGAAUUUUUCAUAAAAAUCAUAUAUUAGUGUCAGAGGUCACUGGGUUCAUUUAUAAAAAGAAAUUUGAUCCUAGACAAUUAAGUUAACAGAGAUUUAGAAGAAGGUAAUCAAUUAUGGUUUGAAGGUAUUUAUAUAAUGUAUUUUAUUUAGCAGUCUCCCGAUGA